AUGACUGACGUCGAAGGGGGUAAGUUGCCCUCGCCUCAGGCAGAACAAGAGCAAAAGUUGUUGGACGACAAGGAAACCGCCAGGAGCUUGAAUCCGUCCGUGGAUCCGGCUAAACUUGAGGUAAUGAUUUGUUUAAGUGAAGUUAGGGCUGGAGACUAUUUAAGGUCAGGCUAGAAAUUUAAGGCUAGAAUUGUUUCUUUUUCGUUUCAAAGGCUGUCAUCAUGACAGAAUUAAUGGACUGAAAAAAGACACCAAAAAUUAGCAAAAAAGCUCUUGAACUGACCACAACUUGCUAUUCUUUAUGUAACCUUAUGUCAAAAGUCCUUCUCAUAUCACCUCAAUCACUUAAUUGAUAACAACAACAUCCCCACUCCGUUUACCCCACCCUAUCUUGAUAAGAGAUAGCGAUAUUGUUGUUCGUAAACAAGAAGUGUCAUUUGUUCGGCCUUUGACCUUUUUUCUUUUUAAUCCCACGUGUUUUGGAGAACGUGGAGGUUUAAAACAAAGGAAUCUGAAUGGCCGACGAGAUCCGCCAGCGAAGUCGCGUCUCGUCCGCGACCGAACGGAGUCCACUGAUAGCGACAAAGGAACCAGAAAACGUGGGAACCCUUUGACAUUGUCUUGAGUUAGCGUUAGAGCAUAGAUAAGGCUGUAGCUAGAGCGUUAGAGCAUAGAUAGAGCUGUUUUGCAAGAUACUUCUAUCGAUUCGAACACGUUUCAUAACAAAAACAUGUUUACGGAGCGAAAAUAGAUAUGAUUUUACUACAAUAUAGGCAUACAUAACGUUAUACUAUAAAAUUGUAAAUAAAUUUAAGUAUUUUUUCAAAUAGAAUCUUUUAAAAAUACUAUAAUUUUGCAAAAUACGACCAAAGAUGUCAAAAAUUGUUACAAAAAGUUCAUUUCAAAAAAUUAUGCCAUUUUAUUUAGGGAAAGCUAACCAAAUCAUUACUGUUCGCUGUGAUCGCAGUAACCGUUGGAUCCUCCUUCCAAUUUGGAUAUCACAUUGGAUGUGUUAAUGCCCCAGGAAAGGUAAGACAACAAAAAAGAUGAGUGCAAUCUACAUUUCUUAAAACUUCAAACAAGUUUUAGACUUCUAUUGAAGCUAAUUUAUCCUUCUCAGCCUUACUCAAACCUAUCUUUUCUUACCUGAUAUUUUAAAUAAAAUUACCAUGCUUUUUGGUCCUUCACGCUUGAAGGUCUUGAAUUCAAGUUAUAAGUCCUUUACUGUUCAUCCUCCACUCAAAGUUUCAGUUGAUCACAGAAUGGUUCAAAGUGUCCCACAAACACUUGUACAACGAGACUCUGACCGCCGAAGCGGCCGACUUCCAAUGGUCGAUUGCGGUCGGCAUCUUCGCGGUCGGUGGAAUGGUCGGUGGCCUGUUGUCAGGCUGGUUGGCUGACAAGAUGGGCAGGAAAGGAGCACUCUUGUUCAACAACAUCUUCGCCUUGCUGGCCGCUGCUUUGAUGGCCUUGGCCAAGUACGUGGACGUGUACUACCUUUUGACAGUCGGUCGGUUAGUGAUCGGCUUCAACUGUGGACUGAGUUCUGGUCUUGUGCCAAUGUACUUGACUGAAGUGUCACCCAUCAACUUGAGGGGUGCUUUGGGAAGUGUUCAUCAGCUUUUGGUCACCAUUUCUAUUCUGGUUUCACAGAUUUUGGGCUUGCCGUUUUUGCUCGGAACGGCCGAGCGAUGGCCGUACAUUUUUGGUAAGAUACCUACUAUGAUAUAGCGAAAAUAUAUCUACUGCAAUAUAAAAUAAAAAUAUGUUAAAAAAGGAUCCGUCUAAAAAAGCAAAAUCCUUACAUUAUUAUUGAUAUUUCUUCUAUUCGAUCACGUUGUAGCCUUCACCGUGGUCCCCUGCAUCUUCCAACUUAUCACCCUUCCGUUGUGCCCAGAAUCCCCCAAACACAACCUUAUCAACAAGGGUAACACCGAACAGGCCGAGAACGACCUCAAGAAGCUCCGUGACUCCACCGACGUCCAUGUUGAACUUGAUCUGGUCAAGGAAGAGGCUGCUGCCGCUCGUAACCAAUCCAAGGUCACGAUCUCCCAACUGUUCGUGGGCGUUCUGAAGUGGCCUCUGUUCAUCGCCAUCAUGAUGAUGUUCUCCCAACAGUUCUCCGGUAUCAACGUCGCCAUGUUCUACUCAACCAAGGUGUUCCGUGACGCUGGUCUACAAGGAAAUGGUCCCAUCUACGCGACAAUCGCCAUGGGAGCAAUCAAUGUGGCUCAGACCGUGGUCUCGUUGUGGUUGGUCGACCAUCCCAAGUUCGGCCGACGAUCUCUGCAUCUGGCUGGUCUGAUUGGAAUGCUGAUUUCCUCUCUUCUGAUCGUUGCUUCUCUGACCAUUGCUGGUACCAAUGCUCGUGGAGAACCAGAGAACCAAUGGGCUUCGUAUGCUUCCAUCAUCUUUGUGCUUCUGUUUGUCGUAGCGUUUGCUACUGGUCCAGGUAAGGGUUUGAUAAUACUUUAAAGUUUCCUAUUGAUAUGAAAAAGCGACAGCCAACAUUUUUGUAGCCUAUCUAAGAAAAAAAUUAACAUAAAUUGAUAAAACCAAGAAAAAUAUGCUUUGAUAAACUAUUUAAAAAAACUAUAUUAUACUAGACAAUGUACGUCUGUUGUAAAAUUAUCAAAUUACUGCUUAAGGUUCGAUUCCAUGGUUCUUCGUAAGUGAAAUCUUCCCAUCAUCAGCUCGAGGAGCUGCCGCUUCUGUCGCCACUCUGGCCAACUGGUUAGCCAAUUUCCUGGUUGGAGUUUCCUUCUUGCCACUGAACGUAAGUUAUCUAUCUAAAUCAACAGAAAUUAGCUGUUUCUGGACUCAACACAACAAAAUAAUGGCAAAAACAAUGUUAAUGUUUAAAAAACCUUGAUAUAAUCACGUUUUGUGACAUAGUUCAUACUUAAAGAUUUGUAUAACUCAAUAUUUCGCCAAAAUAUCCUUUAAAGCUUCGCAAAAUUCAAAAAAAUCAGCGACAAACUACACCAAAAUCUACCGAUUUUGCUCUUAAAAUAUACGAACCCAUUAAUAUUAUCCUAUAAACCUCCCUCCCAUUCCAGAACAUACUGAGACAGUACUCGUUCUUGGUGUUCUCCUUCCUCCUGGGCAUCUUCAUCGUGUUCACCUACAAGUUCGUGCCCGAGACCAAGGGCAAGACUCUCGACGAAAUCAACAAACAAAUGAAAAAAGGCAGUCAAUAA